AUGCCUUCCGGUAGCUGCUGGUGCGGCAACGUCAAGUACGAGUUCGAAGGGGACUCCAACAACGUGGUUGUGUGCCACUGUCUAUCGUGCCAAAAGAUAACUGGCGGGCUGUAUACGGCAAACAUUCCCGUUCCGCGGGACAAGUUGAUCAUCACUUCCGGGUCUCCAGUAUCUCACUCUCAAAAGCACGAAGAUGGAUUCACCUUGACUGUGUUUUUCUGCAACGGCUGUGGUUCGGUUCUCUACAAGCAGGCUGAUGCAGACAUGUUCGCGCCAGUCUCCUUGGUUCAAUCAGGAACGCUGGAUGGCCCUGCUAAGGACAAGGUCAGCCGACCAUCAAAGGAGUUAAAUGUGGGAUUGAGGGCGUCUUGGUUGCCGGAAGUUAGUGGUGCUACUCAAAUGCAAGGAUUUGACUAA